AUGGACGCUGCCUGGAAACCGCACAUGAAGUCCUCGGAAGACGACUGGACCUCAAUCGCCGACCCUGCAGAGCGGAAACGCGUCCAAAAUCGACUUGCGCAGCGAGCUAGACGAUCAAAAAUCCCCAAGAAACGCAAGAACUGCUCGAAUAAGGAAGGUAACCGGAAGAGCGCGACUGAUCAAGAUGAUGAAACGACCCACCAUGAUACCGAGAGUUCAUCUGCCGACCUGAUCAGUUCCACCUCAUUGGUUUCCAUGCCUCCGGGCCACGAUCGAGAGUCACUUGACCCCACAAGGGAUGGGCAUUAUAUCAUAAUGCAGGACAUGAAAACCUCGGCAGCCUUUUUCCGCAUAGCAGAUAUUCUACAGUUGGUAUGUCUGCAAGAAUCUGGUUUCAAUGUCGGUGCUGCUACGUGGCUAUUGCCACAAACUCUUGCGCCAACUGCACGACAGCAAAUAGUUCCCCAUAUGCCCUACAUUGAUAUGUUACCAUGGCCUUCUCUACGUGAUCGGAUGCUGGAGUCAUUGUCGACGAUCAACGAGCUGGAAUUUGUACAAGAUAUGUCGUCCAGUGACCUGAGAGUCUGGGGCCGAUUGCCUUGGGACCCCCUCGGAUGGGAAGUCGGACCUGUCUUUGCCAAGAAAUGGUGGUUUCUCAUGGAUGAGAAGGUGAUGCAGUCAACCAAUUUUUGGAGGGCUCAGAGGGGAGAAGAGGCUUUGGAGUUAGCCGUAUCGCCCACUGCAACUGAAAGAAUGAGAGACGCACUCACACAACUCUUUCCUCCACCCCCAACCUAUACUGAAGAACAUGUCCCUGCUUUACAAGGCAAAGUGUUUCUGGUAACGGGGGGAAAUGCAGGAGUUGGUCUCGAGCUUGUCAAAAUCCUCUACUCUAAGGGUGGCAAAAUCUACAUUGCUAGCCGAUCAGCCUCUAAAAUCGCUAUUGUCAUCGACUCCAUCAAGAGCACUAGCUUGACCACAACCCCCGGCGAACUUCAAAGUCUCGUCGUCGACUUUAGCGACCUAUCUACCAUCUCCUCCUGCGUCUCGGCCUUCCUUGCCCGAGAAUCGCGCCUCGAUGUCCUUUGGAACAACGCAGGGGUUAGCCAAGCACCUAUCGGCAGCACGAGCGCCCAAGGCCAUGAACUUCACAUGGCCACCAACUGCCUCGGGCCCUUUCUUUUAACGAAACUCUUGCUACCAGUACUUUCAGCAACAGCGCGUAGCUCUCCUCGGGGAAGCGUACGUAUAGUCUGGGCCUCAUCUGGAAUUAUUGACAUGACCGGCCCUCCAGGCGGAGUCUCUCUCGCUGAGCUUGAGCCUGGGAAGCACCCUAAGAACAAGGACUAUAACUAUAGUGCGUCGAAGGCCGGAAACUGGAUGCUUGCGGCCGAGUUGGACAGGCGAGUUCGCAUUGAAGGCAUCAUUAGCUUGGCUCAGAGCCCAGGAACUCUGAAAACCAAAGGUUGGGACGCAGCACCAUGGCUGAUGAGGACGAUGAUGGGGUUUUUCAUGUAUGAAGCGAAGAUGGGGGCUUAUACGGAGCUAUGGGCCGGUCUGAGCCCAGAAGUGAAGUGCGAGGAUGGAGGUAGAUUUGCCAUACCCUUUGGUAGGUGGCAUCCAAACCCGAAGAAAGCCAUCCUGGCAAGUCUCAAGACAAAGGAAGAAGGAGGUACUGGAGUUGCAGCAGCUUUUUGGAGUUGGAACGAAGAGCAGAGUAAGAGUUUCAUGUGA